CGGGAAUAAUCAAAAACAUUAUAUAUAAGGCUUUGUUUAUUAUUAUUAUUAUUUGUUAGCAAAAUUUCGGUUGGUAUUGCCUGGGACAGAAAACAUGUCGCAGCAAAUGACAACAGUAACAGAUCUAAAUAAUAUUGAUCAGCUCAUCUUACGAAUUAUCGACACUCGGCGUCUGAAGCAGCUUAAUUUGACCGAAUCGGACAUAAAGCUUUUGUGUAACAAGUCGCGUGAAGUUUUUAUGUCACAGCCAAUGCUUCUUGAACUGUCGGCGCCAGUAAAGAUCUGUGGGGAUAUUCACGGGCAGUUCACGGAUCUUUUGCGUCUUUUCGACUACGGCGGAUAUCCACCGGCCUCAAAUUACCUUUUUCUUGGAGACUACGUAGACCGCGGAAAGCAGUCCAUCGAAACCAUCUGCCUGUUGCUGGCCUAUAAAAUUAAGUACCCGGAAAAUUUCUUCCUUCUUCGCGGAAACCAUGAAUCUGCCGGAAUUAACCGCAUAUAUGGGUUUUAUGAUGAAUGCAAGCGCAGAUACACCAUAAAAUUAUGGCGCACAUUUGUCGACUGCUACAGCUGCAUGCCUGUAUCCGCCAUUGUUGAUGAGAAAAUUUUCUGUUGUCAUGGCGGACUAAGCCCGGACUUACUAAAUAUGAAUCAAAUUGGUCAGUUGGCCCGUCCAUGUGACGUCCCUGAUAAGGGACUACUUUGCGACCUCUUGUGGUCAGACCCUGACCCCAAAAUAAUGGGUUGGAGCGACAACGACCGUGGCGUUAGUGUUACUUUUGGUGCUGACAUUGUAGGCAAGUUUGUUCACCGCCAUAAGUUUGAUUUAAUCUGUCGUGCCCACCAGGUCGUGGAGGACGGGUAUGAGUUUUUCGCCAAGCGGCAGCUUAUUACAAUAUUUUCGGCUCCCAACUACUGCGGGGAGUUUGACAAUGCUGGCGCAAUGAUGUCCGUAGAUGAGACCUUGAUGUGCUCUUUCUAUGUUCUUAAGCCAUCCAAAAAACCUGGCCUACGUAAGGUUCAUUCAAAGAGCUAAGUCUGGAUACAUGCUUCAAUCUGCAUUUUCAGCAAAAGUGUUAUAUUUCCAAUCAUUUUAGAGUGAUUUACCUGAAGUGCAAAAUUUACCGUUUUUUCUUAUUACAUUAAUGUUUUAAUCUAUAUAUUAGAAGCCAAUCCCACAAAAAAUGUAAUAU